CUCUGCUGGUAGGGUUCAGUCAGGUGAGCAUAGAGCAGCAGUUGUUGGCCACGUAUAGCUUCCGGUGGCGUUCAGAUGCCUGAACUUCAGGCAAAUAAGUGCUGGGAAUGCAGCCGCCUCUCCCAACAGCCGCAGUCAGAGAGCUGGUGUGCUCCUGUCUGCACAGAGAUCCCGUAGCGGCUGACCUGCGCUGUAGCCUUUUCGUGGCGGCCAUACAGAGCUACAAACGGGAUUCGGUGCUCAGACCCUUUCCUCCUCGAUACCUGAGAGGAGAGAUCAAGGACUUUGAGGAGCUGCAAAAAGAUGUCGACACUUUACCAAACGUGAGGGAUUUGGUACGUCUGGGACAUGGAGAUGGAGACCAUCAUCUGGCUCUUGUACACUGGGUUCUUUCCUCCAAGAGUUUCGCUGUGAAGACCCUCCAGAAAGAGGAAUUUCCCACACUGUGUCAUCUGACCCGGACCGAGGGGCUAUCUGCUCCGGCCCCCGAUUACAUUUUUGAACUUGAGUACUGUGACCUGCUCAACUCCAAGUUCGAGAGGACGCGGGCGGGACGGGAUCUCAUCUAUGCAUUCCACGGCAGCAGACUGGAAAACUUUCACUCCAUCAUACACAAUGGAUUACACUGCCAUCUGAAUAAGACAUCAAUGUUUGGGGAAGGCACAUACCUGACCAGUGACCUCAGCAUGGCCAUUCUUUAUAGUCCCCAUGGUGACGGAUGGAAGGAAAGCAUCCUCGGCCCGCUGCUCAGCUGCAUCGCCUUAUGUGAAAUGAUCGACCAUCCCGAUGUCAAGUGUCAGGUGAAAAAGAAAGAUUCUGAGACCCUUGAUCGCCAGCGUCUAAGAGCCAGGAACAGCGAAUUGGGCGAGGUGCCCGAGAAGUACUUUGUGGUGACCAACAAUGAGCUUGUAAGAGUGAAAUAUCUGCUGGUGUACUCUCAGCGACGCUAUAGAUCACGACGUGCUCAAGGGACAUCAUGGCUGGUCAGACAUCAUUUUGCUAUAAUGAUGGGUCUGUAUCUUCUUCUCCUCAUAUGCAUCGGUGCCUUCAACUCAUCUACAUUCCAGUCCUUCUGGCACAGAACUUUCCGAUGACACAGCCCAUUACUUCACAUAAACGCUCUUGUCCAAAGUGCCUUGUACACACCAAGACUACUAUGAAAGAGAAUUGUUGAAGGAAAAAAAGACUCAGGAACUGAUUUCUGUUGCUCAAUUCAACAUUCCUACCCGUAUCACUUCGUUUCUUCUCAGCUUAACUAUCACCACACAGCUUUAUUUUAUGUAGACACUGUGCAUCUUAUAGAAUUUAAAAUGCACUAUUGGUAGCUUCCUGUCUAUGUGGAGAUGUAACCGAGCACCUAAGAUGUUAUAUAAUAGCAUGAGGCUUGUUAAAAAAUAACAGUAAUCAUUACAUUUGUCGCAAUGACUGAUUGGUUUAAGGAUUUUUUUGGCUACACAUUGGAAAUAUUGCUGCUUAUAUUAAUUCAUUUCAGAAACAUAUGGACUUCAAAGGUGGUCUGUAAAGUGGUUUUUAUUCAUUUGAGUGUAGAAGGAAACAAAGGAAUUAUAAAGUCAACUAUGCAGAAGCGCCAUACCAUUGUGAUUUGUAAUUAUUAACACAAAGAAAAAAAUUGAAAUGUCUCAUUUAUCAACUGAAUAAUCUUGAUGAUCUAAAUAGUGAAUUUAUUCAAAUAAAUAAAUACAAAAUUCA